AUGUCGUUGUCACUUAUCGACUUGAUUUUGAACCCAAUUUCAAAGGUGGUCCACGUCCCAGUCGACUAUUUGAAGUAUUUUUCUUCAUUUGUCUUAGCUAUUCCAAUUACUUACUAUUGCCGAUUUUUACCUAAUGACUGUAACCUGAAACACAAGGUAUAUGGCAUCAUUGGAUUGCUCAUGUCGUUCAUUGUGUUUGGUCCGAUUUCGUUGUCUGUUGUUUUCUUGGCAUACCCGAUAUAUUACAUCAUGAAAGCAUUUCCCACAAAGAGAAUGGCACUAACAAUGAUGGUCUUCUUGAUACUCCAUUUGUCACUCGUUCACCUUCACAAAGUCCUCAGUGUUGGUGUUUUAUACAAACUUGCGUUUGAUACCGUCCACAUGAUGUUUGUCAUCAGAUUUUCGACGUUCUGCUGGUCUGUUGCAGACGCCAAUUCCGACCAAGAGACACUCUGUGAACAUCGAAAGAAAAUGCAGAUUAAGACGUACCCAACGUUGACCGAAUAUUUUGGGUAUGUCUUCUUCUUCCCAGGCAUAUUCAGUGGACCGUCUCUUGAGUUCAACAAUUAUAUGGACUUCAUCACUAUGAAACAAUUUGAAAAGAUGCCUGCAGAGAAAAAAGAGGGAAAUCUCCCAAUCAUCCCACUCGACGUAUUUGCCCGGCGCCUUGGUGCUGGAAUAGCGUUUUAUAUGUUAGUCUGGGUCGUAUCAAUAUUUGAGCCCAAGCAAAUUGAAUACUACGUUUUGAAUGAAAAGGACACCACUUCAUUCUGGUUCAAAAUGUUCUGUAUUUGGUAUACUGGAGAGAUCUGUCUUUCAAAGUAUAUUGGAACGUGGUAUGUAGCAGACGCGAUGUCGAUCGUUGGUGGGUUUGGGUACAGUGGAGAAAAAGACGGAAAGAGUGUAUGGAAGAAUUUCCUUAAUUUGGACUUCCCAACGUUUUACUUGAGCACUUCCUUCCGCAAUUCCAUUUUCUUGUGGAAUAGAAAUGUCCAGAGCUGGUUGGCCAAUUACGUCUAUUUGAACUUGGAAGGAACCAUCUUUGAUUCGUGGAAGACAGUGAUCACCAAUUUAGUGUCUGCGUUCUGGCAUGGAUUUUAUGCGGGGUAUUACAUCUCUUUUGGAACCCUUGCACUCCACACAGAAACAAGCAAAUUGAUCUUUAAAAAGUUGACGCCAUACGUUGCGUACAAAUCGAACAACAACAAAACGGUGAUGAGCAUCUACAAUACUAUACUUAUAGUAUAUACGAACUAUUCGGUCAAAUACAACUUUGCGCCAUUCUUUGUCAUGAACUUCUGGACUGCGUGGGAGAUCUUUAAACAGACUUAUUUCUGCAUCCACUUGAUUACACUUGGGCUCUUUGUCUGGUUAACAUUUGCACCGCCACGAGUACCAAAGGGGACUACCACCACUAAAGUGAAGAAAGAAGAGUAA